AUGGCACCAAAUGGGAGAUCAGGUCGUUCGCGCACUAGAUCUACACCUUCCACCCGUAAUGCGACAGAGACAGCAUCGAUGUCGUAUGCUGCAUCACAGGCGUCUGAGCCCUCAGUUGAGCAUACACCAGGCACUAUAUUAUCAUCGACCAAUCGACGAGGACGUAGACCCACGCAUGAGUUAGUUUUAGAGCGACUUACGCGUGAGGGUAUGGUGAUGGUAGAGUUCCCACAUGACUGCCUUAAACCUGUUGGGGACAAUGUUAGGUUGUUUAUGUCAGAGGUCGGUGUCCUAUGUCGAUCUUUGAUCCCUACCACCACCCCCCGUUGGGCAAACGUGACAGAUGAUGUGUGGCAGCUCAUCCGUCAGCGCCUUCAGGAUAAAUUUGUCUUAGAUUUGAGUGUUCCUUACAUUUCUCAUGCCAUCGACGACAUGGUCAGGGAGUGGUUCAAGGGGUACUGCGGAGAGUUACCCUAG